AAAUACGAAUCGAUGAAACUAUCGGAAUGGCAAUGCAAGAAUUGCUCCACAACUGAUUUGUUUGCAAUAAAAUUUUUGUUAGGACGCAUUUAACCUGCCGCCCAUGGAUACGAAGUCCAACGAUGAUUCCGGCAGCGACUCUCUCGACAAAUCAAUGCAGAGCAAGUGCGUAAUGGUCGACACCAGCAGCGCCGCAUCGUCGGAGCCCGCAGCGGGGACAGACGACUGCAGCAGGGAUUCCGCUGCACUGCGAGAGACGCCUCCGCCGCCAAGUGAACCAAAGACUGAGGAGUCCAAUACCUGCAGCAGCAGCACCAGCAGCAGUAACAACAACAACAGCAACAUAAGUUCAGCAAGCGCCGCUUUCGAAUCGAAAGUAAAACUUAUUUCCCAGAACCUCAAAGAGACAACGUUAGCCGAAAUAGAAACGCCAGCGUCAGCAGAUGCCGUCACAGGAGCCGAAGAGCCAAAUUCCACGGACGACAGCGAUCAGCGUGUGAAAAAGGUGCGCUUCCAUCCGGAUGUCAAAGAGAACGAUGGCGGUAAUCGUGUGAAAAAGAAACGACGAUCAACGCGAAGCAAUGCAAAUCACAGCUGUGAUGGCAUGGAUCUAGACGAGGAUGAUGAUGACGACGAUGAUGAAGAAGAGGAUGAGUUUGAGAAUGAUGAGCAGGAUCAGCAGCAGGAGGAGGUUGAAGAGGAGGAAGAGUUCAAUCUGGCCAAGACAAUUGCCGAAGCGGAGGACUACUUAAAGCAGCAUCCACUCACAUUUGUCCGCCGCAUCGAACAAAAUGGCGAACGGAUGCGUGACGGCCUCCACAAUGUUGAGGAGAUGCCACAGCCACAGAUGCACCACCGUCGCCUGAGAAAGGAGCAUGACAACGAAGAUAAUUUCUAUAAGCGAACCAGGCCAGAGAAUGGCAUUGAACGUAUUUUGGGCAAGGAGACAAAGGCUGGCAAGGUGGAAUUUCUGUUGCGCUACGAGAAUCAAGGCGGUCUCUUUUGGGAGCCAGAGGAAUACAUACGACACAUGUGUCCAACGCUCUUAAAGUCCUACGAGAAAAAUCGGGAGAGGCGCCAGCAACGUUUGAUGCAUCAUGUUGCCAAGCGUCAGAGCAUGCGACAACGCUACACGGAUUUCUAGUAACAUAAACAACAUCUAGCUUUUAGGUCUUGUAUUAGGUUCCCGCAAGUAAUUGUAACAUUUUUGUAAUAUGAAGUAAAAUAAUUUUCUUUUGUUGAACAA